UCAAGAUUCAGAUUGUUCGCACGGUAAUCUGCGGGCUUAUUUUCAAUUUUAUCAAAAUUACGUGGAAUAUAAAGGCCCAUAAUGCCGAAGUUAAAAGGCGAUCCUGUUCGCAUGUGUCGGAUGUGUUUGACCACGUCGUGUAAAUUGCGGAUGCUAUUCACCAUAUUUCGCAACCACAACCUAGUGUUUAUAGUCCGGGACUACGCAAGGCUCGAGAUAAAUGAGCAGGAUAAACUCCCAAAAAUGAUCUGCAAAUCGUGCGCUGUUAAGCUUAUUCGUUUGCGGGAGAUAAUAUCCUUAUUUACUGAGAGCGAUCGAAAAUUGCGUGAAAAGCUUGACUCUGGUAAUGACUUACCAGAGGUACUUGACGAGUUAAAACAGAAUCGGAAGAGACCCUACAAUAGAAGGCGUCGCACCUCGGAUGAUACAGAUGAGGACGACGAUGAAGAUGAAGCAGAUGGGGCAGAUAGCGUCGAAGAUGAUAAGAAUCGGGUUGAUUCUCAGAGAGAAAAAUUCUCGGAUGGUAAAACCGAAGCCACGAAAAUAGAAUCAGAUAUGGAUAUAGGAUUCGAAUUCAAUGAAAUAAAGCAAGAAAGCGACAGCGAAGAAGACAAUCUGCCAUUACAAAUCCUUCAGAGAUCUAGCAAGACUCCACUGGACGUUUCCAUUCUCGAAGAUGGUUGCAAACAAGAAGAGAACGUCCCUUCUUCGAACAUCGAUGAACCAUCUUCAAUGUGCAUUACGAAACUUGAGCAGUCCGACCAAGAAUCCGAUAAUAGGCUCGACAUUAAUGGAGCUUCUUCCGAUGAUUCACAUUUAAAAAAGAAAGAACCUUCCGUUGGUAAAAAAUUGAAAAAUCUUGUCGUCAAAGCAAGGCCCAAGCGAAUUCAACGGAAACGUAAACUCCGUAUCAAACCUAAAGAUGAUUCUGAAGACAACGAUGAUGAUGGUGAUGAUGAAGACAUAGAUAAAACAUUCAAUCCGGGGAAUGCAACCGAAGAAUCUGAAGAAGAUUCUCUUUUAGUUGAGCUAAAACAUGAUUCAGACAAAGAGGCUCCAUCCAAACGCAAAAGAGGGCGCAAAAAAGGUUCCAUCAUUGGUAAACCAAGUAAAAGGAAAAAGAAAUCCAGUAAACCAAAUGAACCAGAAGACAGUAGUAAAACUUUACCAACCCUGCACGAUUUUAAGUGUUAUAUUUGCAACAGCGAAUCAUUGGGUUCGCACAAAGCAAUGAUUGAACAUCUUACUACGAAUCACAUGGAUCGAAUCCCUCACACGUGUACCCUUUGUGUCAUGGAAACGAUCGUUCUUACCAGGGUUCGAACACUGAACACGCAUCUUAAGAUGCAUGCCCAACCGGUUAAAUGUGAUUAUUGUGAUAGAAGAUACAGUAACGCAGCUGGAAAGUACUAUCACACACAGACAUUCCAUCUGGGUGGCGGAGCGCCAUGUCAGGUAACAUGUGAAGUUUGCGAUAAAGUUUGUAACUCAGAACAAUCUCUCAAAACUCACAUGCGCUAUCAUACGCGCAGGCUUAAAUGUUCUCAAUGUGAUAUGGUAUUUAAUCAUUCGAACAAAUUACGUUAUCACGAGCGAAUCCACAGAGAAAACAGUGGUCAUGAGUGUAUUAUAUGUAAGAAGGUCCUUCGAUCAAUUGAAUCAUACGAUGUUCAUUUGAAAAAGCACAACCAAGAACGUAGCUAUGGGUGUCAUUUGUGUUCGAAAAAGUUUAAUACUUCCAGUAAUCUCAUUCUUCAUCUGAGGGUGCACGCCAAGAAUGAAGGCUAUCGACCGGCCAAGUCCUGGAUCGAACAUUACACCGUACUGAACCGAAAUCCGAUGCAUUUUAAGUGUAAUCAUUGCGACCGAUAUGAAACGGACAAAGUGAACAACAUGAUCUCGCAUCUGCAAGCUCACUUCAAGGAGUACGAAUGUGAUCACUGUCAUCACAAGUUUGCCACAGCCAAGCAGCUUAGAGCCCACGUUACUACCCAUACUGGCGAGAAACCCGAGAAGUGUAGUUACUGUGAUAAGGUGUUUGCCACCAAGAACAACCUUCGGAUCCACUUGAGAGCUACCCACCCAGAAUGGGUACCUCAAAGGUCAAAGAGUUCAGCCAAAGUUUCCACUGUGGCAAUGCCAACCGUUAGUGUGAGAAGGUCGCCCGGAACGGGCAGCCCAGUUUCCGAUAUGUUCAGCAAUAGUGGUAAUCCAAGAGCAGUCGGCACCGGUUUCGCAUUCAUGAACCUUCCUCAACAGCCGACGAUGGCCAGCGGUCAACAACAGUCAGCACUGGUUCCCCAAACGAACGCUCAUCAGCAACUUGCCCAAGAGUUGAACGUUCUUCGCGGUUAAGGCAAGUAGAUUUUUUUGGAUUUUUUCAAUUGUUUCAAUAGAGGGAGUCUCAUAGAAUUU